AGCAGUGUGUGUGGUGGUGUAUUGAGUUGCAGAGGUGUCGCAGUUUGAUUCAGAAACACAUUUCGUAAUCCAGCAUUGCUUCUCUAUAAAGAAAGAAAGGAAGUGCAGCAGCAGCAGUCAUGGCGCAGGGGCUCAAAGAAAGAUUUGAGAAGUUUCUCCAUGAAAAGAACAUAAUGACAGAUGUUCUGGCCAAGAUCGAGGCCAGAACCGGAGUGAGCAGGACCUACAUCUCUCUGGCUGUCGUCGGGAUCAUCGCAGUUUACUUGGUCAUAGGCUACGGAGCCUCUCUGCUGUGUAACCUCAUCGGCUUCCUUUAUCCAGCCUACAUAUCGAUUAAGGCCAUUGAAAGUGCCACCAAAGAUGAUGAUACUAAAUGGCUGACCUACUGGGUGGUGUACGGACUCUUUAGUGUGGCAGAGUUCUUCGCUGAUAUCUUUCUCUCCUGGUUCCCGUUCUACUAUAUCGGAAAGUGUGCCUUCCUGGUGUGGUGCAUGGCCCCAACUCCUUCUAACGGAUCGGUCACGAUUUAUAACCGCAUCGUCCGACCAUUUUUCCUCAAGAACGAAGCCAAGAUUGACGACGCGUUGAAGAAAGUCCAGGACAAGGCGUCAGAAGCUGCGGACAAGAUCAAAGAUGAAGCCAAGAGAGCCACAGCGAACAUCAUGUUUGAGGAGAAGAAGAGCUCCUAAGAAGCGGGCUUGGUGUCCACAGCAUCUCAGCAAGAGCGGACUCUGUUACAGAAGAAAUGUUGCCUUGAAAAUGUUUGUUUUUAACAGAUCCUGUUCAGUAAUCUAAAUCUUUAUUCAACGUGUAUUAAAUAUCGCACCAAUGUCACAUGUAUCAAUUGAAGCCAUGUCGCAGGUCAGUUUUACCUAUUUAACUUUGCCUUCUGGAGGGCUGUAAGAGAACCACACUGGCCCUGAUGUGCUUUAUGUACCAAAUAAAAAACAAACGUGCUGAA